AUGGUCUUAGUUCAGAGUUGUGCAUUAAUGGUUCUUGCUUGUGCAAUUGUGCAGGCCGGAGUUCUGAAAGAUUCCCAAGAAAAUGUUUCAGGUACUCAACUCCCAAUAUUUUUUUCUCGAAAAGCAGCUCGUCUACGAAAGGUUAGCGAAGAUUUGGUGCUCCGUUCAGAACAAGUGCACUCCCUUUGGGGUCACAAACGUAGCACACUCGCCUCUACAAGUUCUCGUUGGCCAGGAGGCAUAGUUCUGUUUUCGAUUUUCGAGCAACAUUUCACCUCAGCCCAAAUCGAGCACAUUGAAAAAGCUAUGGCCCACAUUGAAUCCCACAGCUGUGUUAAAUUUGUGAAGCGCACUGUUGAGAGCAAUUUUGUAAACAUCACCGGUGCGGAAGGAUGCUUUUCCUCGGCAGGUUACACAAAAGGUCAGCAAAGCUUGAACAUACAGCCUGCUCCUGUUGAUACAGAGUGCUUCAAGCUGGGCGAAAUCGUUCACUUAUUACUGCACACACUAGGCUUCUUGCAUCAGCAUUCCGUCUUCGAUCGGGAUGAGUACGUGGAAAUUCUGUGGGAAAAUAUUGACCCGAGCGUGGAGCAAAAUUUCCACAGAUAUGCAGCUCCCUUGUAUGAAGAUUUCGGUGUUCCGUACGAUUACGACAGUGUGAUGCAUUACAGUGAGACAGCUUACAGCAAGAAUGGUAAGCGGACGAUAGUGGCAAAGGAUCCGAAUGCUCGAAUUGGUCAGCGCGAAGGUUUGAGCGAGGGAGACAUCAUUAAGCUCAACUUGCGGUAUGAGUGUACUUAG